UUUUAACCUCAACACAGCACAAAGCUGCUGCUGCUGUUUGUCAAAUUCGCGAUUUACAUAAAAAAUUAUGUUACUUCAAUUUAUUAAAUUUCUAAAUAUCCAAAGGCAAAAUUUUUCGAAAAAUGUUCAAUAAAAUUAUCAACAAUUUUUCUAAUAUGAAUUUUUUUACAUCCAAUAUCUAUUUGGAUUUUUUAAUCACAAUAAUUCAAUGAUAAAAAAUUGAUCUCAAGAUUUGUAUAUGAAACGCCGCAAUAAAAACAAUAGUUUUAGUUCACAUGACAAAAGGGACAAAAAAGUUAAUUUAAAGAAAACAAAAAAUAUACAAAAUUUUCCAAUUGUUGACAAAUUUAUGGAGCCAUUUAAAUUAAUUCGAGACUUGAUUAACAAGUUGAAUUUAAAAUCAAAGAAAAUAAUUUUAACCCUCCUCGUGAUAAUUACAAUUAUUUUGAUACUAACAAUUAUUGUUGGCGUUUCUAAUACAAAUCAAAAUGAAAAAUUAAUUCCACCCGAUCCUGAAUAUCAACAACCACCAUCGUGGAGUAAAUUGAGAAAAUUUAAAAAAGGAGCCGUUUGUGCUGAUGGACCACCAUGUGCAUUUAUUGGAAAUUAUUUUAUUAUCGAUUAAAGGUCAAUUUUAGAAAAAAAUGGAUCGGCAGUAGACGCAACGUUGGCUGCAAUGAUUUGCAAUGGUUUUAUAAAUAUGCACAGUCUGGGAUUUGGCGGUGGAUUUUUCAUGACAAUUUAUGAGAGAAAAUCAAAAAAGGCUUUUGUUCUUGAUGCAAGAUAUUCGGCUCCAUUGGCCGCUCAUAAAUAUAUGUUUCACGAUAAGCCGAAUAAUGCGUCGAAAACAGGUGCUUUAUCAGUGGCUGUACCCGGAGAACUUGCCGGUUAUUGGGAGGCACAUAAACAAUUUGGCAAAUUGCCCUGGUCAGAAUUAUUUAAACCAAGUAUUGAAAUUUGCGAUAAUGGCUAUAAUUUAACAAAAUCCCAAUACAAAGGACUUCAGGAGGACAAUUUUAAUAUUCACGAUGAUCUCACUCUCAAAGAAAUGUUCAUUGAUUCUGAGACGGGCGAACUUCGAAAACCGGGCUCGAUAAUAAAACCAAAAAAAUUAUGCGAUACAAUGCGAUUGAUUGCUGAAAAAGGUGUGAAUAUAUUUUACAAUGGAUCAUUGGGACUUGAACUUGUCGAAGAUUUAAAACGAAGGGGCGGUAUAAUUACGAUGAAAGAUUUGAAUGAUUACAGAGUAAAAUGGAGAGAACCAACGAGUACAUUUUUAUCAAAUGGAAUUAAAGUUUAUUCCUCAGGUGUACCUGGAGGUGGUGAUAUUCUUGUAUUUCUACUAAAUAUUUUUGAUAAUUUUCAUUUUACAAAAAAAAGCAUUGCUGACAUCAAUUCUUCUGUUAUCACAUUUCAAAAAAUGAUAGAAGCUUUUAAAUAUGCUUACGCAUUUAGAACAAAACUCGGAGAUUCAGAUUUCGUUGAUUUAUCUCAAUUAAUUAGAAAGUUGAAAUCGAAGGAGUUCGCUAAAUUACAUUGGAAAAAAAUCAACAGCAAUAGAACAUGGAAUGAUCCAUUUUAUUAUGGUGUUGAAGAUACAGGGAAUUUUAAUGAUCAAGGAACAUCUCACAUAUCAGUAUUUGCACCAAAUGGUGAUGCGGUUUCUAUUACUAGUACUGUCAAUCUUUAUUUUGGAAGUGGAAUUGUAAGCGAAAGAACGGGAAUUCUACUUAAUAGUGGAAUGGAUGAUUUUGGUUUACCAUUGCAAUAUAGUUAUUUUGGAAUACCAUCGAGUCAAAAUAAUUUUAUUCAACCAGGAAAACGACCAUUGUCAUCAAUGUCGCCUACAAUAUUAAUUGAUGAAAAUAAUAAUGUUAAAAUGAUCAUUGGCGCUGCCGGUGGGACAAAAAUAACCACAGCAAUUGCAUUUGUAAUUGCAAGAUUUUUAUGGAUGGGAAAUUCAUUGAAAGAAUCAGUGGACGCUGCAAGAAUUCAUCAUCAAUUAUUUCCAAUGAAAGUGAUUUAUGAAUAUGGAAUAGAAAAAUUAAUUAUUGAUGGAUUAAAAAAAUUGGGUCAUCAAACAAUGAGAUACAAAAAUCAUGGAAGCGUUAUUUGCGCAAUAACAAGGGAGAAUGAGACUAUUUUUGCUAAUGCCGAUUAUAGAAAAAAUGGCGAUGUCUAUGGAAUCGAUGAAAAAUAAAAAAAAAAGUACAAU